GAGGCAAGCUAUUCAUACUGCAUUAUUUCACUUUAUUUGAAAUGAAUCAUUAAGAAUGGCAUCACACUAAAUUGUGAAACAUCGUAAUUACAGUGAAUGAUUUCAUUGGAAUAUUGUUAUCAGAUAUAAAUAGUAUCAGGCUCAGUGAUAAAGAUGCACAUCCAUAAAAAAACUACAAAAUCAAUAAAUGAGAUGACAUCACAAGGUUGUGAGUUUAAACCUCGGCUCAGGCCUCCAAAGUGGAUGAAUGGCGUGUGUGUGUGCGUGUGUGUGUGCGUGUGUGUGUGCGUGCGUGUGUGCGUGUGCGUGUGUGUGUGUGGAUCCCUCAGAGUGAUUAAAGCGAGUGGGCGGCAGCAGCAACUGGUCUGCCUGUGUGGCUCUGCAUAGCAGACAUGUUUCUCACUGCUAGAUAUUACUCAUUUCCUCAGUCGCUUGCACACAAACGCACACACACACGACACGCAACAGAGGCGAGUAGGGCUUGCUGUUAUUUCCCUUGAUUUUUCUGGCUCGCCUAUAUCAUUUCACACACAGAGAUCAGAGGGUGGCUAGCUGUGUGUGUAGCUGCUGCAGAUGUUGACAAGUGGCAGUGUAGCAGAGUAACGAGCUGAAGAGUGGCUUGACCCUCUGGGACGUUUGGGAUAUGAAUGGCAUGCUACACUGGGAUGUCUGCUCAGCUUGCGCUAAGGUGAGCAUCUUCAAUCCUGAAAAAUUGCCAGUGAUCUAACAGUGAUGCUGUGCCACAGCCUCCCUCUCUGUCUGUGCCCCCCAUUUUCCCGUGAGGCCCAUGUGAGCUAGCCUACGCCCACACACAGGGGGCACCCACUGCCGCUGGAGCCCACCCAUGAAUCCCAGCCCUGACCGUGGCAAAGAGUGCCUCCCUCCCAAGAAGAGGGAGUCUCGGCAAGAACACUACCUUCCUCCGCCAGAUGAAUUCAAGCCCCCCGUGCCAUUUCGGAUUAGGACCAACGCAGGGCGAGGGGAGAGCAGCAGGGAGGUCGGGGAAAGGCAGAGAGCUCAAACGACCCCAAACCCUCAUCUCCUCCACACUCCUCCCCCCCUACCUGCACCGGCACCCCUGCCUCUGCCAUGGCCCUUGAGCUACACGUCGUCUGUGUCCCUUCCACUCUUUCAAGGGCACGUUGUGGAAAGGAGGGGUUCCGGGUCUCCCGCUUGGAGAGAUGAAACGCUCUCAACACCACUGCCUCACCACUCCAGGUGGCUUCGAGCCGAAACGCCCCUUUCCUCCCCGUCCUCUACUUGCUCUUUUAAGACUCCCUUCCCAGCUGAUUCACGAGAGAUAUGGUCUUAUAUUAACAGCGGCCGACGAGAUUACAGCCCCUCCAUCUUCUCCCCAUCCUACUUGUUCGGCCAUACUUCUCUCUACCCUCAAGAGCCAAGUUUAGUCGACGCCAGAAACAGAUACCUGGGCAAGAGGCCCAAUGGACUGGAUGGGCCGGGCAGCAGGACUGCCCCCGCCCCCAGGCAUUUGCUCCCAGGUGAUUACGGACAUGAUAGUAUCAGAAAUAGACUGGACGCGAGUCCGCAAAGCUCACAUACGAAUGGUGGGCGGAGACAGCAGGAAGAUCUGACUCCUCAAUCCGGAGGCCCGUUUUUUUCAGACUCUAAAGCUCAGGAGGGCCACGAGCCACAUUCCUCACUGCAGGAGAGACAUCGGCAGAGAAUCCCGACCAGCCCCCACCCUCUGGGACAAGACCCCAGGGCAGGUAGAGAGGGAUUACCCAACACCGCGGGGGGCCCGGCAGCUCAAGCUCACCUCUACUACUCUUUGGGAUCUGUCAGCCAGCCGAGCCCUCAGGCCUCCCAGUCCUACCCACCCUACAGUCCCUCAGGAUCGCCAUUGUAUAACCUACAAGUAGAGCCAGGCCCAAAGAAGCACAAUCCAAGGAGCUCCCCCAACUCGCCACAGGGUCUACUGAACAGCCAUGACAGGUCUCCAAAAGGCCUUGACAGAGACCAAGACAAAGACAGAGAAAAGACUCUGCAUCGGGACAGGGAGCGAGGUAAAGACAAAGAGAAGCACCUGAAAUAUAACAGGGAUCACGUUCACACCUCACCCCCUGCACUUCACCCGUCUCCCCCCGCGCUCCUACCUCACUUCACCAAGGGUUCGCUCAUUGAGCUGGCCGGCGGGCAGUUGAAACAGGUGGAGGAGCUGCAGACGGAGGACUUCUUGAGGAGUGCUGAUACGUCCCCAGAGUUCCAUCUCAGCACCUGCACGGUUUUGCUAAUUUCCCCCAGCAGCGCACAGGGUGUCAGCCAACUGCAGGUCCACCUCACAGACCGCAACACUCAGGAGUUACUGAAGGUCUUGGUGGAGUACCCAUUCUUCGUCCAGGACCAAGGCUGGUCUUCGUGCUGCCCUCGGAGAACCACUCAACUCUAUGGCCUUCCCUGCCGCCAGCUUACAGAGGGGGACGUCUGCCUUGCUCUCACUCCCACACCCAAACAACUCCACCGGACUCAUGUGCGUUCCUCCUCCAGAGUCCAACGCACCCAACACCUUCCCAGGGCUGCGGCAGGAGGGUCGAGCAGCUCGCACAGCGAAAAAAUGCCACCUCCUCCGCCUCCUCCCCCUCUCCCCCAACACCCGCCCCCUACCGGGCUACCCCACACGGCGGCUGCAAAACCUCAGACUCAGGAGCUCGGGCGCCCUCGGAAACGACGCUGGUCAGCCCCUGAUGUCGUUCCCUCGACAGGAACUGAUGAAAGCCUCCUGGAUUUACCUCAAGGCUCCAAGCUGAUGAAGUGGCAGUAGAAAACUUGCACAUGCACACCUUCACCAACAAUGAUGGACGAUGUGAUAAAAAUGCAGAAGGUGAG